AUAACCGCGCCUGCGCCGUUCCGCUACUCUGAAGAGGUCCAUGUGAUCGAUCGAUUCCAAGAAUAAUUUGCCCUUCAAAGGACACUUCAAUCGUGGCAGCCGCUCCUGUUGGUCGUCUUCGUUUUUUCUUCCAUUAAAAAAAGUAGAUUGUAUCAGCAUGUCGAAGAUUGGAAUAAACGGAUUCGGACGUAUCGGCCGUCUUGUCCUUCGCGCCGCCGUCGAGAAGGGCGCCCAGGUGGUCGCCGUCAACGAUCCCUUCAUCGGGCUCGACUACAUGGUCUACCUCUUCAAAUACGAUUCGACUCACGGACGUUACAAGGGUGACGUACAUGCCGCAGAAGGAUGUCUGGUAGUUAACGGACAGAAGAUUGCCGUUUUCCAAGAACGCGAUCCAAAAACCAUUCCAUGGGGUAAAGCCGGAGCAGAGUACGUUGUAGAGUCCACCGGUGUUUUCACAACCAUCGAGAAGGCAUCUGCCCACUUGGAAGGUGGUGCAAAGAAAGUCAUUAUCUCCGCCCCCUCUGCUGAUGCACCUAUGUUCGUCGUCGGUGUCAACCUUGACGCUUACGAUCCCAGCUACAAGGUCAUCUCAAAUGCUUCCUGCACCACCAACUGUUUGGCCCCACUCGCUAAAGUCAUCCACGAUAACUUCGAAAUCGUGGAAGGUUUAAUGACCACAGUACAUGCAGUUACAGCCACACAGAAGACCGUCGACGGACCCUCAGGAAAAUUAUGGCGCGACGGACGUGGUGCCGGCCAAAACAUCAUCCCCGCGUCGACCGGUGCUGCCAAGGCAGUAGGAAAAGUUAUUCCAGCCCUCAACGGAAAGCUGACCGGUAUGGCUUUCCGUGUGCCAGUUCCCAACGUUUCGGUCGUCGACUUGACCGUUCGUCUAGGCAAGGCGGCAACUUACGAUGAAAUCAAGGCAAAGGUCAAGGCCGCUUCCCAAGGACCUUUGAAGGGUAUCUUAGGAUACACCGAUGAAGAAGUUGUCUCCUCCGACUUCAUUGGGGACGUACACUCCUCAAUCUUCGACGCAUCGGCCGGUAUCCAAUUGACACCAAACUUUGUCAAGCUCAUCUCCUGGUACGAUAACGAAUGCGGCUACUCCAACAGGGUUGUCGACUUAAUUAAGUACAUUCAAACUAAAGAUGCUUAAAUGUUUACAGCACGGCGUUACAACUAAAGCUUUAGCGGUUAGGUGUUUGUGAUUUUGUUAGGCCCUACUGCCUGAAUACACUAUUUAAAGUAACUCAAUGUUUGAUUAACGAACGUUAAUGUAUUAUUAUUUUAUAAUUCAUUUGUUCCAUGAAAUAAACGUUGAAAAAAG